AUGAUCGCCAUCGGCCUGCAUCAGUCGUGCCAGCAGCCCAAUGGGGCUCGGGUGCCUCGAGGUAUUGUGAGAUUGGAUGCGCUUGGUAUGUCGCGUGAUGGCCUUGCGAACUUCACAGGUUCUGGUGACUCGCCGCUCUUCGUGUACGCCAACAGCUUCAGCGACUGGCUGAAGGGCACCUCCUACCAGUGGACCGUGGCUGGCGCAGCCCUCCUGGUGGGUCUCUGCCUGACCUGGGAUGGCCCCCGGAUGUGGCAGUUCCUCUUCACGGCAGCCGUGUCUGCCCUUGCGGCAGGAGCUGCCUGCUAUGAGGCAAACGUCCAGGAGAUGGGAAUCUUCUCCACUGCCAUCCUCAUGGCCCAGGCGGCCGGCACCCUUGGCUUAGCCACCUUCUGGGGCUUCGAGGGGAGCCAGGUCCUGCUAGGGGCCUGCAGCGGCUUCGCCGCGGCCUAUGGCACGGGGGCUUGGACACGUCCCCUGGACGAGCAGCUCCCUGGGACCUCCAUCUGCUGGUACAUCCUGGGUGCAAUGUUCGGAGUCCUGGUCUUCACGACGUGGAGACCUCAGAUGCUGGCGUGCCUGGCGCCCAUGCUGGGCGGCCUUCUAACCGCCUCAGGGGCAGAGCCCUCAGACGGCCCCUUUGCAGUUUUGCCAGAGUCCAAGAAUCAUCUCAGAUGGGAGUCUUACGACCGCAUCCGAAUAGAAAAGGUUAACUACUGA